AUGAGGACGUCGCGCCUCUCCAAGGAGACCUCGGCCAUCUUCAAAGCCAGCACCUCGCCACCACCUCCGCGCCGCACGACGCGCUCCUCCCUCGCCCGGUUCGCCUACACGACCGGCUCCGCAGCGCCUGACACCUCGCUCCAGGACAUCGUUCUCGGCAACGACAUUGAGGAUGCCGUUACGAGCCCGCCUCGCAGGAAACGGAGGAGGGUGGCGGCGGCGGACGACGCACCGAGCGCCACCACCAAGAUCGAGACCGAAGAAGCCGAUGUCAUAUCUACGAAACCUACAAAGCCCAAGAGGGAGAGGAAGCCGGCGCGUGUGAUCAAAGGCGAGGACAUCCGCGUGGAGCCCCCGUCUGACUGGGAGGAGAUGUACAACCAGGUCAAGGAGAUGCGUCUCCACGGCGCGGCGAAGGACGCGGCCGUGGACACGAUGGGCUGUGAGAGACUUUUCCAUCCCGACGCUUCCGAGCGGGAUAGGCGGUUUCACAUCCUCAUUGCGCUGAUGCUUUCGAGCCAGACCAAGGACACGGUGAAUGCCGUAGCGAUGAAGAGGUUGAUGACGGAGCUGCCUCCGCAUAGAGAGGGUGCGGAGGGUGGUUUGUGUCUGGAAAAUAUCUUGGCCGUGGAACCUGACAAGUUGAACGAGCUGAUCUGGGCGGUUGGCUUUCACAAUAACAAGACCAAGUCAGUAAUCAUGAGUGAUGCUUCUCUAAGCAAUGUUGACGGGAUUAGGUAUAUCAAAGCCGCGGCCGAGAUCCUUCGCGAUAAGUUCGACGGCGACGUCCCCGACACGAUAGAAGGGUUGACCUCUCUACCGGGCGUAGGUCCGAAGAUGGGAUAUCUGUGUCUCUCGGCUGCGUGGGACAAGACGGAGGGUAUUGGCGUGGACGUCCACGUGCACCGCAUUACCAACCUCUGGGGCUGGCACAAGACAACGCAGCCUGAAGGGACGAGAAUGGCGUUACAGAGUUGGCUCCCGAAGGACAAAUGGCGUGAAAUUAACUGGCUGCUUGUCGGCCUCGGACAGACUGUUUGCUUGCCCGUCGGGAGAAAGUGCGGAGAUUGCCAGCUCGGAUUGAAGGGCUUGUGUAAGGCGGCGGAGAGGAAGAAGGUAACCGAGGGUCGCAAAGCGAGGGAGGUCAAGAUCGAAGUCGGAGACGAUACAGUCAUCAAGACGGAGGAGAUUGUCGAGGAAGUCGUGAAGAAGGAGAUCGUAGAACCGACAGGCGUGCCGGUGCCGGAGGUAGCGCCGGAAGCGACUGAGCUGGUCGGAGCGGGAGCGCCGAAAAGGAGGCGCGGAAAAGUAGUUUGA